AUGCGCAGCCCAUUCACAGUGCAUGAAUACAGAGCGUGGAGAGGACAGCAGCAUAGGGAGGACCGGCAGGAGGACAUGGAUGGACCCAUCUGCACCCCCGAGAAGAAGAAGAAAAAGAAUGAAGAAGAGGAGGAGGAGGAGAAGAAGAAGAUCCCGGACAGGGUGACUCUGAAGAAGGAGAUCGGGCUGCUGAGUGCAUGCACCAUCAUUAUAGGGAACAUCAUCGGCUCCGGGAUCUUCAUCUCUCCGAAGGGGGUCCUUGAGCACUCUGGCUCGGUGGGGGUGGCCCUGGUGGUCUGGGUGAUGGGAGGCUGCAUCGCGGCCCUGGGCUCGCUCUGCUACGCCGAACUGGGCGUCACUAUCCCCAAAUCCGGAGGAGACUACUCCUAUGUGACCGAGAUAUUCGGAGGUUUGAUGGGGUUCCUCCUGUUGUGGAGCGCCGUCCUCAUCAUGUACCCGACCACGCUGGCCGUCAUCGCGCUCACCUUCUCCAGCUACGUCCUGCAGCCCGUCUUCCCCGAAUGUGUUCCUCCCUACAUGGCAACACGCAUGCUGUCCGCCACCUGUCUCCUGCUGCUGACCUGGGUGAACUGCUCCAGCGUCCGCAUGGCGACGAGGAUCCAGGACGUGUUCACGGUGGGGAAGCUGAUGGCGCUGGGUCUCAUCAUCGUGGUUGGCUUGGUCCAGAUCUGCAACGGGAACUACGAGGCUCUGACUCCUCAGGUGGCGUUCUCCAUGGAGAGGACUCCGUCGGUGGGGCAGAUCGCGCUCGCCUUCCUGCAGGCGUCCUUCGCCUUCAGCGGCUGGAACUUCCUCAACUACGUCACGGAGGAGGUGGUGGAACCCAGACGGAAUCUACCUCGUGCCAUCUACAUCUCCAUCCCUUUGGUUACCGUCGUGUACACACUCACCAACAUCGCAUACUUCUCCUCCAUGUCGCCCGAGGAGCUGCUGUCCUCCAACGCUGUGGCCGUAACGUUUGGAGAGAAGCUGCUUGGGAUGUUCUCCGUCAUCAUGCCCAUCUCCGUGGCUCUGUCCACUUUCGGAGGGAUCAAUGGAUACCUGUUCACCUCCUCCAGGUUGUGUUUCUCUGGAGCUCGAGAGGGUCACCUGCCCAGCCUGUUGGCUAUGAUCCACUAUAAGAACUGCACCCCCAUCCCCGCUCUGCUGGUCUGCUGCGCUGCCACCAUAGUGAUCCUGUGCAUCGGGGAGACUCACAACCUGAUAAACUACGUGUCCUUCAUCAACUACCUGUCGUACGGAGUCACCAUCGCAGGCCUGCUGUAUCACCGCUGGAAGAAACCCAACCUGUACCGACCCAUCAAGGUGAGUCUGCUGGUGCCGCUCAGCUACCUGAUGUUCUGGGCUCUGCUGCUGGGCUUCAGUCUGUACUCCGAGCCCGUGGUGUGCGGCGUCGGUCUGGUCAUCAUGCUCACCGGCGUCCCCGUCUACUUCCUUGGAGUCCACUGGAAAGAAAAACCAAAGUGCAUCUACAACUUCAUCGAGAGGGCGACGUACGUGGGCCAGCGGUUGUGUUUCGUGGUUUUUCCUCAGAUCGACCCCAUAGAGAACGGGAACCCUGCAGAAUGGACUGACCGUUCUUCAGGCAGGAGCAGUUUCUCCGCCAACUCCUAAAAAACUUUUCCUCCGCACACACGAGGAUCUUGUGUUGUUUUUGUUUUUAUUCUAUGUAAGUUCAGACACUUGUUCCUGCUCCUGGCACUUCCUGUCUGAGCUUUGACCCUCGGAGACUCGCUGCAGUCGAGUGGAAACGUUGUUUUUUCCUUCUCUUUUCUACUAAGUCGUCAAGUUACAACAACCUAAUGCCACCAGCUGUUGAAAGUGACUUUUAUUCACAUUUUGGACAGAACUCUGAGCGACUGGCGGUUAUUUCUUCUGAAAGUUGCCGCUCUUUUGUCGUGCCUUAAGGCCUUUUCACACCGAGUCCCAAACUAAAGUAGAAACAGUUUAAUUUAGUGAAAUUUCCAGCUUGGAAAUACGUGCCUUAACCUUAAUGACCCAAAACUGUUCCAUCAGGAGAAAUGUGCUGCAGCUUCAGAACCGAUGCAAAUAUAGAAACCCAAAUGAUCCACAUGCAGAAACAUCUGCAGCAGCUCUUCAACACAUGCAGCAUCUAGAGAACAUUCAGCAGAGGAAACAUGAGCAGUUUACUGAAAGCUGCAGAAACCAAACGCUGCAAGAAGCUCCAACACAACGGAGACCAGGGGACACUAAAGAGAGACGCACACAGCUGGAGACCAGGGGACACUAAAGAGAGACGCACACAGCUGGAGACCAGGGGACACUAAAGACAGACGCACACAGCUGGAGACCAGGGGACACUAAAGAGAGACGCACACAGCUGGAGACCAGGGGACACUAAAGAGAGACGCACACAGCUUGAGACCAGGGGACACUAACGAGAGACGCACACAGCUGGAGACCAGGGGACACUAAAGAGAGACGCAAACAGCUGGAGACCAGGGGACACUAAAGAGAGACGCACACAGCUGGAGACCAGGGGACACUAAAGAGAGACGCACACAGCUGGAGACCAGGGGACACUAAAGACAGACGCACACAGCUGGAGACCAGGGGACACUAAAGAGAGACGCACACAGCUGGAGACCAGGGGACACUAAAG